GCCCGCCUCCCCGGGGCGGAGCGGAGCGGCUCGGAGCGCUGCCCGGCGCGGUCCCGGCUGUGCGGAGGGCGGGCGGGAUGUGCGGCCGCACGGCUUGUUCCCUGGGUGCCGACAACCUCCGCCGGGCCUGCGCCUACCGCGACCGGGGCGGCCGGCGCCGGCAGCCCGAGUGGAUCCGGGCGGAGCGGUACCGGCCCUCCUACAACAAGGGCCCGCAGUCCAGCGGCCCGGUGCUGCUCUCCCGCCGGCACGUCCAGCAGGAUGCCGACUCCUCCGAGCGGGUCCUCAUGGACAUGCGCUGGGGCCUGGUUCCUUCCUGGUUCAAAAAGGAUGACCCCUCCAAGAUGCAGUUUAAUACCUCCAACUGCCGCAGCGAUUCCAUGCUGAAGAAGUCCUCUUAUAAGGGUGCUCUUCUCAAGGGCAAGCGCUGCGUGGUCCUGGCAGAUGGCUUCUAUGAGUGGCAGCAGCACCACGGGGGGAAGCAGCCAUAUUUCAUUUACUUCCCCCAGACCAAAGAUGCCAGGGCUGAGGAGGAGGAGGGAAACGAGGAAUGGAGAGGAUGGAGGCUGCUCACGAUGGCUGGGAUUUUCGACUGCUGGGAGCCGCCGGCAGGAGGAGAAACGCUGUACACUUACACCAUCAUCACUGUGGAUGCCUCCAAGGAUGUGAGCUUCAUCCAUCACAGGAUGCCAGCCAUCCUGGAUGGGGAUGAGGCCAUCAGGAAAUGGCUGGACUUCGCUGAAGUUCCAACCCAAGAAGCAGUUAAACUCAUCCAGCCCACGGAGAACAUUGUUUUUCACCCAGUGUCCACCUUUGUCAACAGCAUCCGCAACAACACGCCCGAGUGUCUCGAGCCCAUCGAGCUGGGGGCCAAAAAGGAGGUCAAAGCCACCCCAAGUAGCAAAGUGAUGCUGGGCUGGCUAAAAAACUCCCAGGAGGGGUCUCCUCAGAAGAAAGAAAACGAUUUGCCCAAGUGGACGAAUCAGUUUCUCCACAGCCCUUCACCCAAGAAAACCAGCGCAGGUAUCCUGCAGCAGUGGCUGGGGAAGCAGGGAGAACCAGCUGCCAAGAAGCACAAGGCUUGAGCACCAUCUAGGAUGGCUGGCCAUCCUUUAACCCUCCUGAGUUUCCUAAGCAGAAUAAGGAACGUUUUUUUAAGUCAUUGCAGAUGGCUCUUGAGAUUCUCUAAGGUUCUUAGAUGUUGAUUCAAUAUUCUAGGUCGUUGUCUCUGUUCUUCCUGUUUUGUUAAAGGUUGGUGUUUGUCUUUAAAGGCUUUGUCUUUGUCUUGUGCUGACAGGAGUGGAUAUAACCUGCUGGCUUCCCUCCCUGGCAGUUGUUCAUGCCAAGCACAGAUAAGGCCUUGAGAAGCAUCUAAGCCUGCUGGGGAGGAGCAGCUUGUGCCUUCUGAGAUUGUUCACAGUUCAUGUCUCUUCUUUUUGUAAUUUCUUUUUCUUCUAUUUUCUUUUUUCUUUUUUUUCUUUCUUUCUUCUUUUUUCUUUAAAUUGAUACCUCUUUUCCACGUAAUUCCAUGUUGAUUCUGUGUAAAUUCCUUCCUAAUUCUCUCACCCUCAAAAGGUGACUGCAAUACAGAGAUGUUUGGUGCCUGAGAGGAACUGAGCUUUGCUUGGGCUUCCCUGUGAGCAGUGGGGUGGGACAGUAGGUCUUGGUCACGUUGUUUGUACAAUCAUUUUGUUAAUGGGAUUUGAAGACUUAGAGAGGAUUUUCUUGAUCUGUGGAGGGAUGUGCUCUGCCUUGUUCAUAAAGGUCAUUCAUUAGAGCCCAGAUAACCAAAGUGCUAUUACAGAACAGCAUAGGGCAGUUGUUUUUGAGGUCAGGGAUUUUGUAAGCAGAGCCAGAUGUUGCAGACCAAAAAGCCUUACAUGGUGGGACCCUUGCUGGAAAGCAGUACUUCAUUUGUAUUUGAAACAAUAAAAUGGGAUUAACUGGCUGACUGCA